AUGUCUACUCAACAAUACCUAUCUGGAGGCUAUUUUAAGAUUUACGAUCUCAACCGCAAAAGAAGUCGUUCACCUCAACCCGAAACAAUUCAAAUGAAGCUUCCUGAAGAAACUUUGACAAUCUUUGAGGAAAGCAAACCACACCAGCCUGACUCCCCUCCAAGACUUGUCCUGCUCCCUAUGCAGCCGAAACAAAGAAAACAAAGAACACCAGGACAAAAAGGUAAAGAAUCAGAUUUGGUCCUGCAUGAGCCAACACGCAAAUUACCAAGAACAACUAAAAAGAAGCAACUUGUUGAUGCCAAUAAACCUACAAAAGCUACCAGAAAGAAAGCUGAGCAAAAACUGGUCAUAUCAGAAGAUCCAAUGCCCAUUGAUACUCGCCCACGCAAAGAAAAACCAUUUGACUGCAGGAUUGCCCCUAAAUUUCUACACAAGACUGGGUGCAAAACAAUAAGACUAGACAACGAAGUGCCAGAUUUCACAGAGGAGGAUGCUGUUGCUAUCCUCAACCUUCCUUAUGGGCCAAAGAAAUUGGAACAAUUUAGCCCGAAUGAGUGGGAUUAUCCAAAGUACGUUGAACAUGUGGAUGCGUGGAGAAAGAUGAUGGACCACAAUGGGUUACCCGUUCUCAAAAGUAAAGCUGCAGAUAUACUUUCGACACAGGAAGACUAG